CCUGGUGGGGGUGGAGAAGUUGGUGAAGGGGUGAUCCAGGACCCCCUUUCUCCUCCCAGCCCUCGGGCUCUCCAGAGAGAGAGGGGAAAAACAAACAUCCCAGCAGGGCCAAAGAAAAAGGACCAAAGACCAGAAAUGUAGACAGAAGUGAGAAGGACAGGAGUGUAACCCACAGCACAUAUUCUCAGAUAGAGGGGGCGGUCCUGACCGCCAUCACACCUCCGCCUACAUCCCUCUUUAUCUAACCCCCUGCUCUCUAUACAAAGGCCCCUUUCUCCACCUAGACCCCUGCCAGCCCCCUAGUUUACGACCCGGGAAAGUGUUCAGGAUGCCAGGGUGCAGGAUUGCAGCCACACUCUGCGGCACUCUCUCCCUCGUCUUCCUGGUUGUGGCUCUCAGCACAUCUGCCUGGAUAGUGGCCAAUGGCCCAGGGAACAGCAUUCAUGCCGGCCUGUGGGGAAGCUGCCUGAAUGGAAACUGCAUCCUAUUCAAGUCAUCUGCUAACAUCAACGUCACAAAGACCUUCACAAUUAUCUCCAGCAUAUGUGGGAUGAUAACGGUGCUCUUCCUCAUCAUCUCCUUCUUUCCAUCGCUCUCCUCCUCUCUGUCCUACCUCCCCCUCAUUUCCUGCAUCUCUGCCUUUACUGCAGGGAUCUGUGGCCUGGUGGGCAUGGCUGUGUACACAGGAGAGUUCUGGGAUAAUUCCCACGUGAAACCCGGCAUUCAAGUCUUCUUCGCCUGGUCUUUCUACCUGGGAUGGGCCUCGGUUGCCCUAUUCAUCGUGACUGGUAUCCUGAGCAUCGCCUUUCACAGAAGAGGCUAUGAGUCACUUGGUCAGUGAUCUCAGAAGUCUGUGGGCACAGUGUCAUGAUACUUUCCAAGAACUUAAUACAGUGCUCUGCACACAACAAGCAUUCAAUAAAUAUGGUAAAAUGAAUAAAUAUUAGAUUGCCCAGAA